AUGUCUUCUCGUGUAGCGAUCGCCUUAGUUGCUAUAGCCUGCGUGUAUCAGGCAACAGCUAAGCCGGUCAGGAGAACUCUCAACUUCAACAUGUUCGUGCUGAAGCCUCAAGCGGGGGAGCCUGAGAGAUCCAUUCUAACCACGGACGGUAUCUCCAGAUUUGGUCCUCUCUUAGAGUAUUUAGUACAGCAGGUUCAAGGCCUGAUGUCAGUGCGUCUGCCAGCCGAUAUUGAAGUCAACGGCGAAGGUAAACUGCCAGAAGCCAAUACAUUGGAGAACGAGGUUGACAACACUAAGGACACCAAGAAACCAGGAGUUAUCGUCCGACCUUCCCAAACGAAGCCUGGAACAUACGAAGUUGAAAUAGACGUCAUAGUAGAUGACGACCAGCCGAAUAAUAUUAAGUAA